UUUUUUUUAUUUCUUCCCACUAAAAGUGAAAAAGUUUUGCGUGUAAAUGAACUUAUACUUUGCAACUUUUUGUUGCGUUGCCUAGCAACAAGCUAGCGGCACGCCAGACGCGCGUGCAUACGUCAUGCGCCAGACAAGCCGCAGGAGUGAGCGAGGCCGGUCGUACGUGCGAAGCUCGCGUGCUCGGCGACCCGUCUGUUUUGGAUAUAGCCCAUUUUUUGGGCUCCCGGCCUUCUCUAUGCUUCUCUUGCGUAUCGUGUGCAUUUCGACACGGCACCACUGCACUACUGGACUACGGCAAGGUUGUGGCAGUUCUGCUGCAAACCGAGCCAUCAUCAUGCGGUUGUUUUCCCGCUGCACCACGCAGCAAUGAAAUCCUGGGGACGUAUCCGUUGUCAUCGACACGCGCCGGUGACAUUUGCCUUGUGGAAGAUUCGUCGCCGCCAACUAUCAUCACCGCAUCUAUGCGAACUGCGAUUACGUCGGACCACAUGACCCGCUUCCCCGCUAUAAAAGGCCAGACCACACCGAGCUACACCAGUGGGCAUGGCAGCAGCCUCAGCGGCAACAUGCUAAGGAAUCCCUUCUGUUUCGUACUGCAGGUUAGUCAGUACUUACCUACUAAAUGCUAUCGAAGCGAUGAUCGCUUCUUAGUGCUGCUGCCCUGUCCACUAUCUUUUUUAAAUGUUUUCAAUUAUGUCUUUUCUAUGCCAAGUGACUUGCUGGUAUGUGGCGAUAUAGAGGCAAAUCCGGGUCCCACAGAAAAAGAAAUGCUUUCCGAAUUACUGAUUGGCCAGGGAAAGUUGACCACAUUUGUGGAAGCCUUGCAGAGUUCUCAAAACGAUAUUGAGAAGAACAUUUCAGCACUGACCAAACGCAUAGAAGGUUUCGAAAAACAGCUGGCUGGUUUGAACGCACUGAACAAACGUGUGAAAACAAUGGAGGACACUGUUGUGAAGGUUGAUAAACAGUUAUCUGCUCUCAUUUAUAAAGUCGACGACUUAGAAAAUAGGAGUCGCAGAAACAAUUUAGUUAUAUACGGGCUACCUGACGAUGACGAAGAGACAGCAGCUGGGCUUGAAAGUAAGGUAGUGACUGAGGUCUUUCAGGACAAAUUAGGAUUAACUGUCUCCGGCAUUGAGAGGUGUCAUAGAAUUGGUCGCAAAUUUAAAUAUAAGAAACGCCCCGUAAUACUCAAAUUUUUAGACUACCGAGAAAAGGCGUCAGCAUUGAAAUCCGCGCACAAACUAAAGGGUUCCGAAAUAUCAAUCUCUGAAGACUUUUCCACCAGAACGCGAGAAAUACGAAAGCACCUGUGGAAGAGUGCCGCGCAAGAAAAGGCCAAUGGAGCCAAGGUGAAACUAAUGCACAAUAAGUUGUCUGUUGACAAUGUAAUGUACGGCUGGGAUGAAGUUAAAGGUGCCCGUUAUAAGCUGAGCAAUAAAAAUAACUGACAGCACGAGCCCAUUCCUAAAUCACUGAAAAUACUAAAUGUAAAUUGUAGAAGUAUAUUAAACAAAAUUAGUGAUUUGGAAGGAAUUUUACUUUGCGAAGAUCCUGACAUCGUGGUCUUAACCGAGACAUGGUUGAAUGAUACCAUUCACGAUAGUGAAUUUGUGCCGGCUUCCUACAGUGUACUUCGGAAAGACCGUGGUGGUAAAGGUGGAGGAGUUGCCAUACUCUUUAAAGAAUAUUUAAGUAUAUUGAGCAUGCCUGAAGUGCCUAAUAUUGAAUGCAUUUUCUGUAAGGCAUACCAUAACAAUGUCCGGUAUAUUGUAGGAGCACUGUAUAGGCCGCCUGGAUCGCCUGUCAUGGUCUUGGAUAACCUUAAAGAUUAUAUGACAACCUUUAUUAAGCUAAAUGAUCGCAUUAUUUUAACAGGCGACUUCAAUUUGCCAGAUAUUGACUGGUCAACAUUCGCAAUCAAAACGCAUAGUGACGAAUCAAGUGAGGCAAUGCUUGAUAUAGCUUUCUCGUUUGACUUGACGCAAACCGUAGAGCACCCCACCCGAAUACAAGGGAAUUCAAAAUCCAUUUUAGACCUCUUCUUUGUUUCUGGAACAAUCCUCGAUGCAACUAAGUGUGUAGUGAUACCUGGUAUCUCCGAUCACCAGGCUGUUCUCCUGACCCUUUACGGCAUGACUCUUGAUAAGGUUUGGCCUAAAAUGCAUUUUAGAAACUUCUCCCGUGCUGACGAUGUUUCCAUUAUUGAUGUUCUUUCCUUUAAUUUUGAUGCAUUUUGUAAUAACACUGCAAGUGUUCAAGAACUCUGGGACCAAUUCAAGGCCAUGGUACAUGAAUGUAUUGAAUGUCACGUGCCAGUUAUUGUUAAAAAGAAAACAAAAAACCCAUGGAUUUCUCGGGCGACACUGCAGCUGAAAAGAAAACUGAAGCGCAUGAAGCAGAAAAGAAAAGAAAACAUUCUUUCUCCGGAAUUGGAACAAAAUAUAGCUUUGCUUAGUUCUCAGCUCAAAAAGCAAACGGCCAUUGACAAACAGCAUUAUUUUGAAAAAUCUUUGCCCAAAUUUAUAUCAGAGUCUCCUGAGAAAUUCUGGCGUUCGGUUUCCCCAACCUCAAAGACCCAUGAUCAGCUUGAAAUCAAAGGUGUUCUGGUCAGUGAUGCACACAAAUUAUCUAAUGUCUUCAAUGAACAUUUUAAGUCCGUAUUUACUAACGACAAUAACAUCUUUCCAAAAUUUGAAGCCUCACUGCCGCCUUUGGAGGAUCUUGUCAUUAGUGAGCAUGGUAUCUUAAGUAUGCUGCUUAACCUUGAGGUAAAGAAAUCACCUGGACCGGACAACAUACCUAAUGCCUUUUUGAAAAGAUAUGCACAAUGGACAUCUAAAUAUUUGUUUGUUUUAUUUACAAGGUCCUUGUGUGAAAGUCAAAUCCCAAGAGACUGGGGGACUGCCAGAGUGAAACCGCUUCACAAAAGUGGAGACAAGCGAUUGAUCAAGAAUUACCGCCCGAUUUCGCUAACAUCGACUGCUUGUAAACUACUUGAGCACAUAAUUCGCAAUCACAUAUCAAACUUCCUCGAAGCUAACAAUUUCUUUACUAAAUAUCAGCAUGGAUUCAGGAGGGGUUACUCAAAUUGUACACAGCUAGUAGAAACUAUACAUGAUUUUUCCUCUUCAAUUAACAAUGGAACACAGAUUGACGCCGUAUUUAUGGAUUUCUCGAAAGCUUUUGACAGGGUCACUCACGAAAAGUUAAUUUAUAAGUUAGACACAAUACUUCAUAACAAACAAUUAGUAAAGUGGAUUUCAGCCUACCUUUUAAACAGGGAACAAUUCGUCGUUUUUAACAAUCAUUGUUCUGACAAGCUUACAAUUCACUCUGGCGUCCCUCAGGGCUCUGUUCUUGGGCCUCUAUUGUUUUUAAUAUAUAUUAAUGAUAUUGUGUCUAACAUUCUUGUGAAGAUUAGGCUUUACGCUGAUGAUUGUGUCAUUUAUACAGAAGUAAGAAGUGUCUCAGAUCAAAUACUACUAAAUAACACGUUGCAGAAAGUUUCUGCAUGGUGUGAAUCAUGGCAAAUGUCCAUUAAUCUUGAAAAAACUCUAUUGAUGAGGAUUACUCACAAAAAGAAUGCCUUACCGUUUGAUUACAGUAUUAAUGAUGUGACACUUGCAGAAGUAACAGAAUAUAAAUAUCUAGGGCUCUGGGUCACUAACAAUCUCAGCUGGAACAAACAUAUUGAUUUCAUAACGUGUAACGCUUAUCGUAAAUUGUUUUUCUUAAGACGCGCAUUGCGGUUACCCACUCCAUCUGUCCGCCUCCUUGCUUACAAAUGUAUUGUCUUGCCUACCUUAGAUUAUGCUGCUAUCAUUUGGGACCCAUUCACUAAGACUAACAUAAACAAAGUAGAGAGGGUUCAAAGGAGGGCUGCUCGAUACAUAUAUAAUAAUUACCGACGUACAUCGAUAACACAUCUUUUAAUCAAAGCUGGUCUGCCGACAAUAAGUGAGCGAAAUCGUUCUGCAAGACUUAAAUUAAUGUACCAAUUAAUUAAAGGACACUACAGAACUGAAAUCACCCAUUUAGUUCAUUUUUCGUCAGGGUAUGCGACCCGACAACGACAUCAGCUAACUUUAACUCCUUUUCGCAUCCGUAAUAACUGUUUUAAAUACUCAUUUCUUCCACGCACUAUUACCGAUUGGAAUAAUCUCACUAACAAUGAAGUGUUGCAACCGUCACUGACGUUAUUUGCCCAACAUAUUGCCUAGUCUGUGUUACUGCAUUUCAUCACUUUACUGCUCUAUUGUGUAUAUUAUUUUUUUACUGUUUGAUAUCUUGUUCAAAUGUAUUCCUGAUGCUGGCUGCAGAGCUUCAACCUGCACCCUUCUUUCUUGUUUACAUUUUGCCAUUUUUGUGAAACUGCUUAAUUCUUUUUCCCACCCUGCUAUAAUCCCGAUACCGGGAUUGCAGUAUCAAUAAAUAAUAAAAUAAAUAUUGUUGUGCAAGAGUUGAGUGAACUCAAUUGCUCUUGAAAAUUUGUUGAAGUCCGUUGUUUCAACAAUUGCCCAACAAUAUAUCAAUGGUUGGUCAACAGCCAUUUUUGUACGGGUUACUUCAUACUUUUGCCGUUCUCGCUCGCAUUUCUGCCUUUCCUGUACCACCUCCCAAGCAAUCUCGAUCAAGGCGCUCGUCAUCAUUGUCGCUAUCUUUAAUUGCCUUUUGCAUAGCUGGCCCUGUCAAUAUUUCUUCCGCCGCAACUCCCGAAUAACAACACUUUUAUAUAACAAUUUAAUCAGAAGUGUUGUUAUAUGCGCUAUUGACGUGCUCUGUUGACUAGAUCGCGCAUAUCUGUGGGUAUUUG